AUGGCUACGGAUUUAAAAAAUACCAGUGAAGAUGCUGAAAUGGCUGAGUACGAAGGAGAAAAAGUUGUAACAAUGAUGGACGUCUUGAAAGAACAAGAAGAUUUUGAAGAAGACGCCAAUGCUGUCUUGGGAGGCUCCGAUGAUAAAAAUUGUACAUAUUCCAAGGGUUAUAUAAAGAGACAAGCUUUAUAUGCAUGCCUUACAUGCUGCUCUGAAGCUAAAUCAGACCCUGAAAAAAGAGCUGGUGUAUGUCUGGCUUGCAGUUUGGUGUGCCAUGAAAACCAUGAACUCAUAGAAUUAUACACAAAGAGAAAUUUUAGAUGUGACUGUGGCAAUCCUAAGUUUAAUUCGCACCCUUGUACAUUUACACCAAAUAAAACUGAUUUAAAUGAAGAUAAUAGUUAUAACCAAAACUUUAGUGGAGUCUACUGCAUUUGUAAGAGACCAUAUCCUGACCCUGAAGCAACAGUGGAAGAUGAAAUGAUACAAUGCAUUAUUUGUGAAGAUUGGCUGCAUUCUUCACAUUUGGAAGCAACUGUUCCCGCAAAUGAUCAGUACUCUGAAAUGAUUUGUAAACAGUGUAUGGAAAAAAAUAAAUUCUUACAUGACUACGGUGAACUAGCUGUUAAUAUUGAAACUACCAUAGAAAUUGUGCAUGUAAAUGGCAAUGACAGUCACAAUGAAUUAAGUAAUGGUAAUGGUAAUAAGAAUGAAAUGGAUAACAGUACUUUAAAUAAAAAUGAUACUUCAAAUAUAAAUGUAGAUGUUGAAAUGUCAGAGAAAGCAGAAAAGGAGAAAGAUAUUCCUACAGAAAAUAAAACUGGAACUGAAGAUGAAAUUAUUGCUGAAAAAAGUAAUAAAGAUGAAGAAAGUGAAAAAAUGGAUGAAAAUGCUACAUCUGCUGAAAAUAAUUUAUCUACAACACAAGACUCCUUAAAAGAAAUUGAUGACAAAGUUGUACAAAAUUUAACAGACAAUGUAACGGAAACUAAUUUUGAGGAAUCAUCAGCUAAAACUCAGGAAGAAUGUUUAAAUAAUAUAAAUACUGAAUUAAAUACAGAUGAAAAUAAAUCAGACAAUGAGACAGAAAAAGCUAAAAUACAGGAGGAUGAAGGAAUAUCCAAAGAUGAUGAAACUGUUACAACCAGUUCUAAAGAGGACAAAAGUGAUACUGAGGUCACAGCAGAAAUUAAUAACCAAAGCACUGCAAAAUCAGAAGAUCUAGAGAUUGCAGACUCUAAUAAAAAUAAACCAGGUCUUGAUUUAGCAGAUCAAGAACCAAAAGCUACUGUUGAAAAUUUAGAUUCCAGUAAAGACAAAGACAUUAAUGUUUCAGAUGAAGAGAAACACAGAAAUAAAGAAGAGGAAGCAGAAAAAAUGGAAGAAGACAGACUUUUGGCUGAUCCUGAAGAAGAAUCAAAGUCUAAUUCAAAGGAUAACCAAGAAUCUACUGAUAAAAAUAACACUGAAAGCAACUCUUCUGAACCUACCAACAAAGAAGAGGUGACAUCUGAGUUAACUAAAGUAGAAAGUGAGUUUACUUCUGAAAAUAAAGAAACAAAUAAAAACAUACAAGAAGAAAACAAAUGUAACAAUCUUGUUGAUACAGAAAUGAAAAGUGAUGAAAAUGUAUGCUCUGAGUCAGAACCUAAGCUCAUUGAAAAGACAAAUGAAAACUCUAAUUCUGAAGACAAUGAGAAACUAUCAGAAAGUGAGGAAAAACACUCAGAGAAACGAAAGCUCUCAAUAGAAGAAAGUGCAGAAGAUUUAGAGACUAAAAAACCUAAAUUAGAUACAGAGAGUAAACAUUGUUUACGUCCACGAGGUGUUAAAAAAGUUUAUAAAGGUGCAACAUUUUGGCCAUCAAACUUCCGUCAAAAACUUUGUUCUUGCCCAGAAUGUAUAUCUAUGUAUAAAGACUUAUCGGUUUUAUUCUUGACGGACCCUGAGGACACAGUGUCCGCUUAUGAAAACUUAGGAAAAGAUAUUAUUAAUGGUAAGCCAUUGACACAAUAUGAAAAAGGACUUGAAGCACUGUCUUCUUUAGAUAGAAUUCAACAGAUUAAUGCAUUAACUGAAUACAACAAAAUGAGAGACAAACUACUUGAUUUCCUUAAAAGUUUUAAAGAUAGGAAAGAAAUUGUUAAAGAAGAAGAUAUCAAAGCUUUCUUCGCAGACAUGAAACCUAAGAGAGAACCUGAUGGGGUGUAUUUUUGCAGA